UUAAAAAUUUAAUAAAACGAAUGAAGUAUUGAUAAAUGCUACAACGUAGACGAAUUUCAGAGACAUUAGAAGCCAGACAUAUAAUUCCAUUUAUAUGAAAUAUACAGAAGACCUAAAUCCACAGAGACAGAACACAAUCAUGGUUGCCCAUGGCUGCUAGAGAAGGGGAAUGGAGAGCAACUGUUGAAUAAGUACAGGGUUUCCUCCUGGAACUAGAUGGAAAUAGUGGAUGGGUAACACUGUCAGUGUACUAAAUGUCAAUGAAUUGUUUACUUAAAAAUGAUUAAUUCUGUUACAUCAUUUUCACCUCAUUACAGAAAAAAUUACACAGGUUUUAAAUGCAUCAUUUCACAAACCUUCUAGACAUUAAAAUUAAAUGAUCAAACAGGAUUUGGUAGAACAUUUCAACUUUGAAUGUAAAACAGGCCUAUACUAAAAUCUUUGCGAUACUGAAGUGGAAGAUGGGAUGUAAUAAUCUUGGAAAGUAAAUUAUUGUUUACCUGAAAUACAGGAGUUUUUAUUUCUCGAAGAAUAAAUAUGGAAUAAAUAUGUAAUAGGCAAUAAACAUUCCUUCCUUCAGGAUACUGAUUCCAAGUGUGGAUUUCCGAGUUACACUACCUGGGUUCCCAUGCUUGUCUUCCCAGGAAUGUUCUGGAGCACUAUCAAAUGCACUGUAUCUUUCUCCCAUCUUUUAUACUAUUAAGAGUUGCAUCACUGCAGAUUCAAGAUUUACUAUAACACAUUCACUUAUUCUCCCUCGGCUGGCUGGUUCCAUGCUACCACACUGCAAUACAUUAAUACAUACAAGGGCUGGGGUUAUAAUUUAACAAAUAUUUACUGAGCACUUACAUGUGCCAUGCACUGUGCUGUGCCCUAAGUGUCCCACAGUGAAGUUAAGAUAGGAUCCCUGGCCUCAUUUAUCACUUAGUAGUGGACACAGACCAUAAACAUACCAUUUAGGUAUCAUGAUUAAGUAUGAGAAAGAAAAACAGAGAUAAAAAGAGGGGUACUAUUUUAGGUAGCAUGGUCAGGAAGGGUUUGUCUUGGGAGUGACAUCUAAUCCGAAAAGACCUGCAUGGCAUUAACGAAUGGCAAUAGAGGAAUUUGUGGGAAGUUUGAGGCCAGGGACAAGAGAUGGGAAAGCAUUUAACUGCAGUGGAAAGUAAAUGGCACAUUUCCAGCAAGGGAAUGAUAGAAUUUGGCGUUGUAGAUUCUAGAGGCAAGAGAGAACCAGGAAGACUAUUUGGGACGCACCGAUGGUGGCCUGGACUGAGGGUAACUGCGGUUAAUGGCUUGCGCGAAAGGAAAGGUGUUAUUCUGCGACAGAAAACGAUGACUGCAGGGCGACUGGUUAGAGGACAUGCACAAAAACAAACCACGGCUUUCGAGUCAUCCUGCUGUGAACAGCCGGAACCAGGGCAGAGCAAGCUUCUGAACCAAAAGGAACUAAAAAUCUUCGGACACUAAGGUACAAGAGAGGCCAAGAGAGUUGAACUCCGCUCCCGCCUUCCUUCUGUGGUAGCAGCAGAUGCAGAGUGGCCAAGACGCAGCUGGGACCCCGCUCUGGCCCAGGAGGGUGCGGGACAGACUGAGCAGCGGACAUGCUAACCUUCAGAAACAAAAAACAAAAAAAAACGAACAAAAAAACCGUCACGGCCAGAAUGGCACAGACAGCUCGCGGAACUAACCCCUCUACACUAAUUAAACCCGGCUCCGGAUGUGCCGCCCACCUAUGCUCACUUCCGCUAUCCCAGACGUCCUCUAACCUCGCGAGAACUAGAAGUGCCUAUGAGACGUGGGCUAAGCGGAAGUCGGGCCUCUUUUUUCGUGGCGCUGCGGAGGCGGUAGGCAGCCUCACCAUGAAGCUGAACAUCUCUUUCCCAGCUACUGGCUGCCAGAAACUCAUUGAAGUGGACGAUGAACGCAAACUUCGUACCUUUUACGAGAAGCGAAUGGCCACAGAAGUUGCUGCUGAUGCUUUAGGGGAAGAAUGGAAGGGUUACGUGGUACGAAUCAGUGGUGGCAAUGACAAACAAGGCUUCCCCAUGAAGCAGGGUGUCUUGACCCAUGGCCGUGUCCGCCUACUGCUGAGUAAGGGGCAUUCCUGCUACCGACCACGGAGGACUGGAGAAAGAAAGCGCAAAUCUGUUCGGGGUUGCAUCGUGGAUGCCAAUCUCAGUGUUCUCAACUUGGUCAUUGUGAAAAAAGGGGAGAAGGAUAUUCCUGGACUCACUGAUACUACUGUGCCUCGUCGCCUGGGGCCCAAGAGAGCUAGCAGAAUCCGCAAGCUUUUCAAUCUCUCAAAGGAAGAUGAUGUCCGCCAGUAUGUUGUGAGAAAGCCCCUAAAUAAAGAAGGUAAGAAACCUCGAACCAAAGCACCCAAGAUACAGCGUCUUGUUACUCCACGUGUCCUCCAACACAAACGUCGGCGCAUUGCUUUGAAGAAGCAGCGCACGAAGAAAAACAAGGAAGAGGCUGCAGAAUAUGCUAAGCUUUUGGCCAAGAGAAUGAAGGAGGCCAAAGAAAAGCGCCAGGAACAGAUUGCCAAGAGACGGAGGCUGUCUUCUCUGAGAGCUUCUACCUCAAAGUCUGAGUCCAGUCAAAAAUGAGAUUGUUGUUAAGAGGAACAAAUAAAUAAGAUCAGACGUCAAACUACCUUUAUUGAUUUUCUUCAUUCAUAAGAAACAAAUUCUGGUCACAGAAAAGGAAGUGUGCAGGAGAUCUCUUCAAGUGGAGAGGCUGAGACCACACUGGGACAGCGGUAGAGAUGGCCAGGACAGGGUUCUGGGGGGAAUGGGUGGAUAGCUCAGGAAAGGAUUCUGAGCAGAAUGUCCACUGCUUUUUCAGUGAGUCAUGGAACAACUUGGAAAUAAAGGACAGACUAUUAA